UGUUUUAUGACUUUCUCUGAAUUUCUAUUUCUCUUUCUAUGCGGGAAUCGUUAGGGUACACUCUUCUUGGCCCCCUAAAACAACAACGUACCGGGUCCCACAUCGCCCUCCCUAUUCUCUCUUCAUCUAUCAAACACAAACACCUUCUUCUCUCUUCAUUCUUCCACCGUUCUUUUCGUUAAUUUUCCUUUUUAUCAAUUUUCUCUCUAACUAAUACUACUACUAAUACAGUUACAUCCUUUAAUUGAAAAAUAUUAUUAUUACAAAAAUAAAACUCUAGUAUUUUGGAACUUAGUAGUACUAGUAUUCUAUUCUAGUAGUAUUCAUUCCUAGCUAGCGGUGUUUAUUCUACUUGUUUGCUCCUCAAUCUGCUCAUUCUUGUUUUUUUUCUUCUUUUUUCCCUUUCACCAUUUCUGUUUCUUUCCUCUGUUUUUGAGGUAUUGAACUGUUCUUGUGUGGAAGAAAACAUCAAAUUCUUCUCUUCAUCUUGUUGCUGAGAGAUUGUUGAGCUUCUCUUGUCUUUCCCCAGAUCCAACUCCAGCUUAAUUAAUCAGGGCAAUGAGUUUGAGAGAAGGUUGUAAAUUGUAAUCAUUAAUCUUGAACAGUAGAGGUAGAAGAUGGAAAAUGUAAGUUUAUGGAUUCAAAAAGAGGAUUUGUGCGGUGGUAGAGAUGAGUUAUCAGAGGAAUUAGAUUCUUCAAAAUCACGUUUGAGUAAGUUGAUUAAAAGGUCAAAUUCUCAUUCAUCAGUAUCUGUAAAUGCUAUUCAAUCACAAAUUAGUAAAGUUUUCUUCAAUGGUUUAUUUUUUCGACACGGGAAUGGACUUGAUAAUAGGAUUCCAAAGCAUAUGGUAAGUGUCGACGAGAAAUAUCUUCGUCGUUGUCUUGAAUUGGUACAUAACUCUGCAUUAAAAGCGGCUCAAUGGAACAACAUACCGAUGAGCUUAAGAGUGGCAAACAUCGGGAGUAUAUCAAAAUGUUUAAAUUCGGAUAAAUCCAUUCGUGGAAAUUUUGUUUUUGAUUGUCCUGUUGCGACUGAGAUCGGGGGAGUUGUUAUGAAUACUGAUACUGGAGAAGAGUGGGGUUUAGGAUCAGUAAUGGAGAGCAAGAGUAUGAUAAAUAUAUUGAAUAGUGCUUUGCUUCGGAAAUUCGGUGAUUCGGAAAGAAAUGAGAAUUUGAACAGGAUGAAUUUUUCUGAUGCAAAAGGAUUGAUAUGCUACAAUUUUAUCGACUCUUCUAGCAGUUUAAGCGUCUCUUCAUCGUAUAACCUUGAUAACGAAACAACACCGUUUGCACAAAAGUAUGGAUCCAUUCCUUUUCAUAAAAGACUUGCUUCCACUUCUAGCGCAACCUCUACUUGUUCUGAUUGGAUGUCAUCGACUUCUACUUUAUCUCAGGGAAUGAUUCAAUGUUCGUGGAAACAAGGGAUUCCUCGUUUUAUUUUUUCCGCAGAUGAUCAGAAAGAGGUCUAUGUAGCGAAUUUGAGGAAGGUAAUAGACUCGACCGAUCAUAAGGCUUUGGACUAUGUGUAUCAGUUUCACUUAAACAAGGGUGGUCGAAAGGGUCGUGAAAUUGCUGACGAGGAUUUGCCGCUUGUUGGGAAGAUGAAUGUAUCGACAAGUUUCACUCUUUGUCCGAAUAAUAAUUGUAGAGUAAUGGAGACAGAGUUCACGUUAUUCCAGAACAUUGAAGUUUAUGAUAACGCGUUCGAGUAUUCUCAUCCAGUGAAGAACAAGGGGCUAAAGAAAAAGGUGUCAAAAGUUUUCAGAACUAAUCCAUCAUCAAAACACAGAACACUCUCCAAGUUCAUCGGAUCAGGUGGCGUAUCAGAGACUUGUCUGUGGGAUCCGUAUACUCACGGUGGAAUCAAUUUAUUAGAGACUAAUGUUCCUCCAAAUUUUGAAAUGGCUUCGAUUGUUGUAAAAGACCACCUUCCUUGUAAUAAACCAAUAGGUGGUUGGGGCUUAAAAUUUCUCGACAAAUCAGGUGCAAAUAAAACCGCGUCACCGUCUGAAAGUUGUAGUCAAAAUAAUGAUGACUGCUCAUCUAGUAUGAGCAUUCUGGUUCCAGCAGGCCUUCAUGGUGGUCCUAGAACCAGAAAUGGCGGCCCGUCUAGUUUGAUAGAUAGAUGGAGAUCCGGCGGUCACUGCGACUGCGGUGGUUGGGAUGAAGGAUGUCCAUUGACAGUACUUCAGAAAAAGUCUAGCAAAGUGGAGGUUCUGUCUCACGUAGAUACCAAAGGCGAGUGUGUGUCAGUUGAUUUAGUUACUCAGGGUUCGAACGAUAUUAGUCCAGCCUUAAGGAUGGUAAAUGUUCAUGACGGUCUGUAUUAUAUUCAUUUCCAUACACCUCUUUCUGCACUACAGGCUUUCUCCAUUUCUGUGGCUAUAAUUCAUAUGCAGAGUCCUACUCUUCGGCCAAAAAGUGUGCAGGAACUGUCAUAAUACAAGUAAAACACAGUUUAUUUACAGCCAUAAUGCUCUUUCUGUAUUAUAAAUACAACUCAGAGAGAAGAUUCUGGUUUUUAUAUGUCAUUCAGGUUUUGUUCCUAUGUUUCAUAGAGGCGGAUGUUAUCUUAUUUAGGAAAUCUAUAGACAAGAUCAUGUGACCAUCUUUUUCCUCAUUCUUUUUAGUUGAAGAGGAUAGAAUGUACAAGGGUUUACUGGAGAUAGUUUGCUAAAUUGUAGCGAUGAGAUUGUGUUUAUCAUAUUUAUAUUUGUUGGUGAGAAGUGGAAUUUAUUUAACACCUAAUUAUUCUAUGGUUAGUUGUAUGCAGAUGAUUUUGUAUGUACUAUAUAUUCAAACUUAAGUUUUGAACUGGAAUGCCGAUUCGCGUC